AUGAGAGUUUUGAGGUUACACAAGAACAACUUCACCGGAAGAAUUCCCGAGUAUUUGUGUAAAGGUUCAAAUCUUCAAAUUUUGGAUGUUGCACACAACAACUUAAAGGGACAUAUUCCUCGUUGUCUAGGAGAGUUGAAUGCCAUGGUUAAUGAUGGCGGAUAUAGGUACUCUGCUCCUCCCUCUUUCGACUCUGAUGAGAAUGUUGAUCAGGUCAUGAAAGGUGUUGAUCUUGAAUAUACAAAAACUUGGGAUAUGGUUUUUAACAUGGACCUUUCGAGCAAUCAACUUGUUGGAGAAAUACCUGUCGAGCUAACUGCACUUUCCCUGUUGGUGGGUCUCAAUUUGUCAAAUAAUCAUCUCAGUGGGGGUAUUCCAGACAACAUCGGAAAUAUGACAGAGUUAAAUUCUCUUGAUUUAUCUGGAAACAAGUUGACUGGUGUGAUCCCUCCGAGCAUGGCAGAUUUGACUUUUUUGAGCCAUUUGAAUUUGUCACACAACAACUUGUCAGGACAAAUUCCAACAGGAAGGCAACUGCAGACCCUGAUUGAUCCAUCGAUAUAUGAAGGGAACAAAAAUCUCUGUGGACCUCCACUGCCUAAUAAUUGCUCAAAUCCAGGAGAACACCCAACAACAAUCAAAAAGAAAAACAAAGCAGCUGAGGAGCAGAUCAAUGUAUGGUUGUUAUAUGCGGACAUAAUUUGUGGUUUUGCAACAGGGUUUUGGGGGGUUAUUGGAGUUCUGUUGUUGAAGAAACAGUGGUCAAAGAAACUUUUCAAGUUUGCUGAGGAUAUGAUGGAAAAUAUAUACGUUGUAGUCAUGGUAAGAGUUGCCAAGAUCAAGAGAGGAAGAGAUGCCGCAUAG